AUGGGAAAGGACAAGAAAGGAGAUGAGGCUGUCUUCCUGAGGAAAAAGAUAACUUUGCUGAGGGCUUUUUCACUCCUCAUCGGCAGCAUGGUUGGCAGCGGCAUCUUUAUCUCCCCUAAGGGAGUACUGAAAAACUCUGGCAGUGUGGGUUUCUCCCUGGUUGUCUGGUUUGCUUGUGGGCUCCUCUCAAUGUCUGGUGCCUUGUGUUAUGCAGAGCUUGGAACAAGAAUCACCAAAUCUGGAGGACACUAUAUCUACAUUUUGGAGACACUAGGGCCUCUGCCAAGUUUCCUGUUCCUAUGGGCAGAGUUUUUUGCUAUAAGGCCUGCCAACAGUGCUGUGGUUUCUUUGGCUUUUGGACGCUACAUGCUGGAGCUGUUUUUUGCCCCUUGUGCAGCCCCUGUCCCUGCUGUGAAGCUGGUGUCUCUCCUGGGGUACUACAUGGUCCUCACCCUCAAUUCCUGGAGUGUCACCUGGAGUGCCCGGCUGCAGAUGGCUCUCUCUCUUGUCAAACUCCUGGCUCUUGCACUUAUCAUCGUACCAGGAAUGAUGCUGCUGGCCCAGGGCCACACUGAAAACUUCCAGGACGCUUUUGACAGACAGUCUCUGGUUUUGGAUAAGCUGCCCCUGGCAUUUUAUGCAGGCAUGUUCGCAUAUUCAGGCUGGUUUCAGACCAGUUUUGUGCGUGAAGAGUUGGUCAGACCUGAACGAAAUAUCCCCCUGGCUGUCAUUGUGUCUGUGAUUACAGUAAUUGUAGGCUACAUGCUCACCAACGUCUCCUAUUACACGGUCCUAGGAAGGCAAGAUGUUCUGGCCUCUCCCGCUGUGGCUGUGAGCUUUGUUCAGCGAGCCUUCAAAAGCCUGAUAUCCGUGGUCCCUGUCCUUGUUGCACUGUCCUGCUUUGGAACCAUGAAUGGAGGGAUCCUCACGUUUUCAAGGACUCUGUUUGUGGCUUCCAGGGAAGGACAGUGGCCUCCUCUCUUCUCCAUGAUCCACAUUCGAAGGCAUACACCUCUUCCCUCUGUCAUGUUAAUGUUCCCUUUGGUUACUGCCAUGGUGUGUGUUGGAGAUAUCUACCAUCUGUUGAACUUCUUCAGCUUUUCCCGAUGGCUCUUCAUAGGAUUAGCCACCCUCGGACUCAUUGUCCAUCGCCAUCGUCACCCGGAGCUGCACAGCCCCUUCAAGGUUCCCCUGUUUGUUCCUGUCUCUUUUACCAUCAUCUGCCUCUUCACAGUAGCAAUGUCUUUCUACUCAGACCCUGUGAGCAUUAGCAUUGGAUGCGUGGUGGUUUUAAGUGGUUUUCCAGUCUACUACCUCAUAAUCCAUAGGCAAAUGUCAAGCCGUUGCUGCAGACUGUUUUAUUAUCUUACACACAAACUACAGUUACUGCUGGAAGUAGUCCCACAAGAAAUCAAGACUUACUGA